UCCAAGUCGACAGCUUUUCUCUUAAGUCUAUGCAACUACUUCCUAAAAGAUUCAACUUCCAACCGAACCCAGAAUCUCAAAACAGUUAAAAGAACUUCUCUGCUCUCUUUGCUGCUUAAAAUCCUAAACCAACAAGUUACCAAAGUCGGCCAGCCGCAAUUCUCUUCACAGAACUUGACCGUACCCUCCCCAAAGUUGCAACUAAAGUAAAACCAAGAAUUCCAGAAGCACAGUUGGGAAACUUUGGCUACUCAUUUCCAAUGGAUAUUUCAAGCCAAUUCUCUGAUCUUUUCUCCUGCAGGUCUUACUCUAUGCCAGCUGAUAGAGUGGAGCCGUCGUCAUCGUCUGAAGCGGGCACUGUUCGCCGGGCUGUUCACUCUGAUGAAGAAGUACUUGUACUUGCAACUAGCAGGCCUAAGAAACGUGCAGGGCGGAGAAUAUUCAAGGAGACACGUCAUCCGAUUUUUAGAGGGGUUCGAAGAAGGAACAAAGACAAGUGGGUAUGUGAAUUGCGGGAGCCUAAUAAAAAGACUCGCAUUUGGCUUGGUACUUAUCCCACCCCAGAAAUGGCUGCACGGGCACAUGAUGUAGCUGCAUUAGCAUUCAGAGGCAAGGCUGCCUGCCUUAAUUUCGCUGACUCUGCUUGGAGGUUGCCUGUGCCAGCUUCAAAUGAUGCAGUCGAUAUCAGGAGAGCAGCAGCUGAGGCAGCUGAAGCAUUUAGGCCUCAAGAAUUGGAUGUACUUUCGAGCAGCGAUGCGAAGCAGGAAAGCGUCAAGGCUUCUGAUGGUGACGUUUCCAGCAGCACGGGUAACUUAGGGAACAGUAAAAUAGUGUCAGAGAAAGUUCACUUCCUUGACGAAGAAGCAAUGUUCGACAUGCCAAAGUUGCUCGUCAGCAUGGCUGAAGGCCUUCUACUUUCUCCACCUAGGAAUUGGGAUGAUUCUGAUAGUGAUAUUGAUGUGUCUUUGUGGAGUUACUCCAUUUGAUUUCUUGGGAUUCAGUGUACAUAGCGCAAUGUUUUCGUAGCGUGUGAUGUUUGAUAAGGUUCUAAAUACAGAGGAGUAUUGUAGAAAGAAUGUUGAAUUUGAAGUCAAGCGCCUGUGAUAUAUACGACUUCCUGAAGUUUUUUUGUUUCAA